UGCAUUUCCAUGCCAACUUUGGCCUCGAAAUUAUUGAACGUGGCUAAUCGCCCUGUCAGGGGAAUCUCCACUCCGACUACAGAAUAUGUCAAAAUGGGCAAUGUGGAAUAUGAUUUUGUUAGUUCCGCGCGCCUAUUUGCGCGGAUAGGCAAUACAGUCGGUCCUUAAGUACAACCAGGCAACUGAACGCCUUCGAAGACCUUUCGAGAACGUGCUUGUCGAGAGAUAACACUAAGCAGCUUCCCAAGGACAAUGAAAGUCAUUGUUUAGAAUUCUUUUAAGUAUGCAGCCUUUCGAAUAGACAAUAAUCUAUGAUGUUUCAAAUAAAGCAGUAGAGAAAAGAAUGGUGCCAUCCUGCUUGUUCUCGCUGGCGCGUGGCCAAGAUCAUCCUAUUCGAGUAUAAUGAUCGCCAUCUCGUUGUUCGUCAACAAGAGCAUUGUUCGUGAACAAUGAUGAGAUAGGCGUAGGUAUAUAAGCGGAUUAGCCUAGCCGCGAUACCAUUCAUUUCCCUUUUCUGCACAAACUCAUUAGGAUUCGCACGCUAUCUUCUCAGAGAUAGCGUGGUUUUGUAUUGACGUUCGAAAAGCUUUGGUUUAGCUGUGAGAAAUGGGGUGCUUCGGUAUCUUCAGUCUUCUGCGGAAGAAGAGUAAGCGGUCUCUAUCCACGCAAGACCGCCAGCAGGGGGUCUGUACUGUUCCCAAUGUACCCGUACAAGCUUACCAACCUCAGGGGCGGACAAAAGUUUAUGAAAGUUCCCGGUUCCGGAUGGUAAGAAAUGAUGUUAGGAUAUCGCGAACUAUUCACCGUUCUCCCCAGAGGAUUCUUAUUAGAUCCGAAGCCGAACCUAGACGUUCAAGAUUACCUCGUCGAUUGUCAGACGAUUCUAGUAGCUCUAAUGUGGUAAGAGAUGGACAAGAGCCUCGUAAGACUCGAACUCAGAGUCGAAAGCCUUGGUGGGACUCAACCUACGAGGAACUUCGCGAUGAGUUCGAUAGCUGUCGAGCAAAGGCACCCCAUAUUGACGUAGACUUUCUCUGGCAGGACAGACGUGACAGUCUGGAAGAAGAGUCCAUCCUUGCCGCUAGAGGGCAAAUUUCCUCUCAAGUACGACCUCGAAGGGGCUGCAAGGAAGACUGCCUAUGUUCUCGUUGCUUUGCUCGGCUUUUCAAGGAACACAAGGAACACAAGAAACAAUCGGUUAGCUCGGAUGAUAUCAAGCUGCCGCAGAAUUCCCCAAAGCCGUCCAAAAUCCCAGGACCUGUUAUGAGUACGAGGAGAGAUUCCAAUUCUUCGAGCCGCUCUUCUAGAGCGUCUUCUAGAGCGUCUUCAAGAAGUGCCAGCCCGAGCCGUACUGACUAGCAGACAUCCAAACACAGGAUGUACAGUGUCAGUCGAAGCAUGAGAGGGGAAAGUGAGCACAAAAGGCCAGUCAGAUGUUGUCAGAUAUUCGGAAGAUGAUAAUUUCUUCUGUAAGUAAUUCAUGAUUUCAAUUUUUCC